GCGAGAACGAUCGAAACUUUUGUCUACAAAGGUUUGUUAAUGUCGAUGUCUUGAGAGUAUAUUAUAGUGCAAAGGAACACAUUUAGGCUUACCUUCAGUCUUCCCAGAGUAACACAGCAGGAAGGCUGGUGACAUUGCUAUUACUAAUAAUUGUUUUAUAACUAAUUGGUUUCAUAAGUUUGCUGUUUAAUACUGGUAUUCCUGAGGGUGUGUUGUCAAGCGAACGCACAGUUACAACUUACAGGAAAAUUAAAUUUUAAGAAUGCCGGCUUAUUCCGCUGUGGACCCAUCCAUCUCCAAUAGUCCACCGUCCAAGACCUCUACUACCAUGAAGAGCGUAACAGAAGCUCCCGCAGUCCCUAGGAUGCCAAAGUGGGACAUGGCUGAAGAUAUUGUUAUUAGCGGUAUUUCUGGCCGAUUUCCAGAGUCUGAUAAUAUGGCUGAGUUUAAGGAUAACCUCUUCAAUGGUGUAGACAUGAUUACAGAAGAUGACAGGCGGUGGAAGCCAGGUUUGUAUGGCUUACCUACACGUUGUGGUAAAUUAAAGGAUCUCAGCAAGUUUGAUGCCACGUUUUUUGGAGUUCAUCCCAAACAAGCUCACGCUAUGGAUCCUCAACUUAGAAUUCUUCUUGAGUUAACAUAUGAAGCAAUAGUUGAUGCAGGCUACGACCCUCACAGCCUGCGAGGAAGAAGAACUGGUGUUUUCAUUGGCUGUAGUGCUUCAGAGACUGAUGAGGCACUGGGCAAAGACCCUGAGAAGAUCAAUGGUUAUGGGCUAACUGGUUGUUGCCGUUCCAUGUUUGCAAACAGAAUUUCUUACACUUUUGACUUUAAAGGCCCCAGUUUUGCACUUGAUACAGCAUGUUCGUCCAGUUUGCUUGCUCUGGAUCAGGCUGUAAUUGCUCUCCGAACUAGUCAGUGUGAGGCAGCAAUAGUUGGAGGUGUCAACCUGUGUUUGAAACCAACUAGUUCUCUUCAAUUUCAUCGCCUUGGAAUGCUUUCUGUUGAUGGAAAAUGUAAAGCAUUUGAUGCAUCUGGCAAUGGCUAUGUACGAAGUGAAGCAGCCUCGGUUGUAUUUCUUCAGCGUGCCUCUGAGGCCAGAAGAAUAUAUGCCACGGUAGUUCAUGUUAAAACUAAUACCGAUGGAUUUAAAGAGCAAGGAGUGACAUUUCCAGCUGGUCAUGUGCAACAAGAACUUUUAAACGAGGUUUACACAGAAGCUGGUUUAAGUGCAAAUGAUGUUGUCUAUGUGGAAGCUCAUGGUACAGGAACAAAAGUUGGUGAUCCCCAAGAAUUAGGAGCCAUAGCUGACGUUCUGUGUAAAGAUAGGGAUAAUCCUUUGUUGAUAGGCUCUGUGAAGUCGAAUAUGGGCCAUUCAGAGCCAGCUUCAGGUUUGUGCUCAGUAGCAAAAGUACUUGUUGCAAUGGAAACUGGAAAAAUCCCUGCAAACUUGCAUUUUUUUUCACCUAAUCCUAACAUUCCUGCCCUUGUUGAUGGAAGAUUAAAAGUUGUUGAUGAUAAUCUGACUUUACCUAAGGGAUUAAUUGCUAUCAACUCUUUUGGAUUUGGAGGAGCAAAUGUCCAUGCUGUGUUAGAGCCUUAUCGCCCACCAAGUAAUUUGGCAAUAGAAAACUCUAAAAGUAAGGAAACCAUUCCUUACUUGGUAACAUUUUGUGGUAGAACAGAAGAAUCUGUGAAUAUUGUGUUCAACCAACUUCAAGAAGAUGUUUCAUUGGAAACAUUUGCUCUUUUGACUGAAAUUGGAAGGGCACCUCCUACGGCCAUGCCUUAUAGAGGAUUCAUGAUUCCUGGCACCGAUGGUAGAGAUGAAGUAAGGAUGGUGGAAAGAGCACCAGGAGAAAAACGUCCCGUAUGGUACAUCUGUUCUGGAAUGGGAACUCAGUGGCUUGGAAUGUGUCGUGACAUGAUGAGUAUUGAGGUUUUUGCCAACUCUCUACACAAGACUGCAGGUAUUCUUUCACCAUAUGGGGUUGACCUGCUGAGAAUUGUAACGGAUGAUACUGAUCAGUCACCUCAAGGCACAGUUGCAUCAUUUGUUUCCAUAGCUGCAGUGCAGGUUGCACUGAUUGAUGUUUUACGAAGCUUGGGUAUAGAGCCAGAUGGAAUUGUGGGUCACUCAGUGGGGGAACUUGGGUGUGCAUAUGCUGAUGGAUGUUUUACAGCUGAACAAACUGUAUUGGCCGCAUAUUGGAGAGGACGCUGUGUGGAAGAAGCUGAUUUUCCAAAGGGAGGCAUGGCUGCUGUUGGAUUAACAUGGGAAGAAACCAAACGUCGUUGUCCAGAAGGAGUCAUUCCAGCUUGUCACAAUGCCGAGGACACUGUUACGAUCUCUGGUCCUGCUGAAAAAGUGGCAGCAUUUGUUGAAGAGUUGAAAGCUGAGAAUAUCUUUGCUCGAGAAGUUGCUACAGGAGGAAUAGCUUUUCAUAGCCCUUAUAUGGUUGCUAUUACUGGAACCCUAACUCGUGCUCUAGAAAAAAUCAUCAAGAACCCACUACCUCGCAGCUCACGAUGGAUUAGCUCAUCUAUUCCCCAAUCUAAAUGGAAAGAGCCUUUAGCUCAGCUGUCAUCUGUGGCCUACCAUAUGAACAACUUGGUGACACCUGUACUGUUCCACGAGGCCCUGCAGCAUGUUCCACACAAUGCUGUAACAAUUGAGAUUGCUCCACAUUGUCUGUUGCAAUCUAUUCUUAAGAGGACUCUUGGUUCCGAAUGUUCCUUUAUUGGUCUGAUGAAGAGGAAGCACCACAACAACAUGGAAUUUUUUUUAUCUUCUAUUGGAAAGAUGUAUAUGUGUGGUUUGAACCCAGCCAUAGAAAACCUUUACCCAACUGUUAGCUUUCCUGUGUCCCCAGGAACUCCCAUGCUUUCCCCAUUAGUUCAGUGGGACCACUCUCAAUCAUGGACUGUAACAACAUGGGACCAGUUCUUCAGUGGAGGACAUUCAUCAGAGUCCAUUGUAGAAAUUGAUUUGUCUGCUUUGGAUUCUCCAGAUCAGUACUUAAUUGGACAUUGCAUUGAUGGCAGAGUACUCUUUCCAGCAACCGGGUACAUGCUUUUGGCAUGGAAGGCUUUGGCAAGGGUCAAAGGCCAGACAUUUGAGCAAAUGCCAGUUAUUUUUGAAAAUGUUUCAUUUCACCGGGCAACUAUACUACCCAAAAAUGGUGUGGUGAGGCUGUUGGUCAACGUCAUGGAAAUAACGGGAGAAUUUGAGAUUUGUGAAGGUGGAGCUGUAGCUGCAAGUGGACGUGUCUAUUGUCCUGAUGACCCAGUUAUGAAAAUGACUGACACUGUUCUACCUACUCCUAAAAGCGAAGAUGCUAUACUAAGCUCUAAAGACAUUUAUACCGAACUUAGGCUACGAGGUUAUGAUUAUGGGCCAACUUUUCAAGGUGUACUGGAAUCUGACAUGAACGGAUCACAGGGAAAAUUAAAGUGGGCUGAUAACUGGGUGGUUUUCCUUGAUACAAUGCUUCAGUUUUCAAUUCUUGGAGGUCGUAAUAGGGGAUUAUUCCUUCCUACCCGACUCCAAUCUGUUGCAAUCAACCCCAAAGUUCACAAAGACAUGGCUGAUAAAUCAGAAGGAGCAUUAACGGUGGUGCGAGAUAAGUAUGUCAAUAUCUGUAUAUCUGGUGGAGUAGAAAUGAAAGGAAUUAAGGCUAGUCUUGCUCCUCGUCGUCAGACACAGCAGAAUGUUCCUCUACUGGAAAAGUACACCUUCAUCCCUUACUUUGAUACUGGUGUUAAUAAUAGCAAUGUAGACUUGGAAGAGUACAGCCAAGUUUGCUCGGCGGUGGCUCGUAGAAUCUUGGAGGCCAGUGGUAAAAACAAAGCUCAAAUUACCGAUGUAUUAAAUGGAUUUACUGAACCAACGGAUGGAAUCUUGGACAAUUACAUACAGACUGCUUCGAACAACCACGCACUUCUUAAAGUGUUGACAGAAAUGUGGCACCUGCCGCACGAUACUAAUUUUCUUCAAAAUGCCAAGAAUCUUGUCAACAGAUGUCAGGAAGAACUUCAGAAGGAUCUUUUAACAACAUCAGUACUUAAGGAAGAGAAUUUGAGAGUACCACUAGAUACUGUUCUAGAAAACACAACUAGCAGAAAGUUAAAAAUAGUGGAAGUUGGGAGUGGAUUGAAAUCUAUCUGUGGUAGAAUUCAUGAACUAUUACACACAUCUAACUUUCUUUUAAAAUCCGACUAUAUUGUUGCUCACCCUAAUGUUGAAGCAGUUAGUAACGAGGCUGCAUCUGCUGGAGUAAAGUCAAUCCAGUGGGAUCUAACUUCUUCUGCCCCAGCCAUUCUUAAUGACUGUGACCUUCUUGUGGCCUGGGAUAUUUUGAGCAGUAAGGAUGACUUACAAAACCAAGUAGCUACAUUCUCUUCACUUCUUAAAGAAAGUGGAUUUAUGCUGGUGAUAGAAAGAACUGACAUGACUCCAGCAGAAAGGUUUCUUCACUUCGUUUGUGGUGUUCCAAUCAGUAUGAAAAAGGAAUCUGUUCUGGAGGAGAUUUUCAGAGCUCAGGGAUUAACACUAAUCUCUCACAAGUCUGCUGGAUUGACUUUUUCUGUUUACUUAUUGAGGAGACCUUCAGAUGCUGUACCAUCAGACCAAACUGUCAUCCAGGUAAAAACUGGAGAUUAUGAGUCUUGGGUUGAAAAAUUAAAGAACCAACUCCUAGAAAAUCAACAAAAGCCUAGUUGUCACAACAUUUGGCUGGUUUCUGAUGAUGCUACCUGUGGAAUUGUGGGCAUGACAAACUGCUUACGUCAGGAACCAGGUGGAAAUAAGUUACGAUGCAUCCUGAUUACUGACCAAAUAAAACCCAGUCUUUCAUCUUUCACUCUCAAUGAUCCAAGAUUCAGUGAUGUUUUAAAGAAAGAUCUUGUAAUGAAUGUCUAUAAAAACAGACAGUGGGGUUCUUUUAGACACACAUCUUUUACAGGAGAUGUUGCAGAGAUCGUUAAAACUGAACAUGCUUUACUGAAUGUUAUGACUAGAGGAGACCUCUCAAGUCUACGGUGGUUUGAAUCUCCACUAAAAUAUUCCCAUGAUCUAAGCAACGAAAGACAAAGUACACUCUGUUAUGUAUAUUAUGCUCCACUUAAUUUUCGAGAUAUUAUGCUGGCUACUGGAAAACUACCUCCUGAUGCUUUGCCAGGAAACUUGGCCAUGGAAGAUUGUAUUCUAGGUCUUGAAUUUGCUGGAAGAAAUGAGAAAGGACAACGGGUAAUGGGCCUUGUUCCUGCAAAAGGCUUAGCCACGACUGUACUUGUGGAUCCAGACUUUUUGUGGAUGGUUCCCGAUAGUUGGACUCUUGAGGAAGCUAGUACUGUUCCAGUAGCUUACUCAACUGCUUAUUAUGCCCUUGUUGUGAGAGGAGGACUUCAGGAAGGUGAAUCUGUACUUGUGCAUUCUGGAAGUGGUGGUGUUGGUCAGGCAGCUAUCUCCAUUGCUUUACAUAUGGAAUGUGAAGUAUUCACUACUGUAGGAUCUAAAGAGAAGAGGGAGUACCUAAAAAGGCGAUUUCCACAGUUAACAGACAAGAAUUUCAGUAACUCGAGAGAUCUUUCAUUUGAGUAUGACAUUAUGAAAGCAACCAAUGGAAAAGGAGUGAACCUAAUCCUUAACUCAUUGGCUGAAGAAAAAUUACAAGCUAGUGUUCGAUGUUUGGCACAACAUGGACGUUUUCUAGAGAUUGGAAAAUUCGAUCUGUCAAAGAAUUCACCACUGGGAAUGUCUGCUUUUCUUCGUAACAUCUCUUUCCAUGGCAUUUUGUUGGAUGCACUCUUUGGAGAUGACAAAACAAUGCAGUCGUCUAAAAAACAGAUUGUUCAGCUUGUUGCAAAAGGCAUCGUAAGCGGAGCAGUGAAACCCUUGCAGAGGGCAUUGUUUGAAAAGGAGCAAGUAGAAGAAGCAUUCAGAUAUAUGGCAAGUGGCAAGCAUAUUGGAAAAGUGGUCAUUAAGAUCAAAGAUGAAGAAGAUCAGAAAAUGGUGACACCAGUACCAGCACAUAUUCCAGUCAUUCCUCGCACAAUAUGCCACCCAAAAAAAUCUUACAUUGUAAUUGGAGGGCUUGGAGGAUUUGGUUUAGAACUUAUCCAGUGGCUAAUUGAUAGAGGGGCAAGAAAAGUUGUAGUUACAUCAAGGUCAGGAGUUCGUACUGGCUACCAAUAUCUGUGUUUACAGAGAUGGAACAAUGCUGGAGUUCAUGUUUUUGUCUCAAAACAGAAUGUUGUCUCUUUAGAAAAUGCCUAUCAGCUGCUGAAAGAUUCCAUGAAACUUGGAUCAGUUGGAGGGAUCUUCAAUGUUGCUGCUGUUUUACGAGAUGCUUUUAUGGAGAAUCAAUCGGCUCAAGACUUCAAGGUAGUCUGUGAGCCAAAAGCAGAUGGUACAAGCAACUUGGAUCAGCUUUCUCGUGAAAUGUGUCCAGAACUUGACUGGUUCGUGGUAUUUUCUUCCGUAAGUUGUGGUCGAGGCAAUGCUGGUCAAAGCAAUUAUGGAUUUGCCAAUUCUGUAAUGGAGAGAAUAUGUGAAGAAAGAAAAAAAGAUGGAUAUCCAGCAUUGGCUGUACAGUGGGGAGCUAUUGGAGAUGUUGGACUGGUUCAAGAGACAAUGGGGGGUAAUGAUACUGUAAUUGGCGGAACUAUUCCACAGAGGAUUGUCUCUUGUCUUGCUAUACUGGAUCAGUUUCUUCAGCAAAGCUGUCCUGUAGUCUCCAGCAUUGUUAGGGCUGAGCAGGGAGGUGUUUCUGCUGGAGAUGGCGCUGGGAAACACAAUUUGAUAGAAACCGUUGCUCGUAUUCUUGGAGUUAAAGACCCCUCUACUUUAAACCCAGAAGUAACUCUUGGAGAGCUAGGCAUGGACUCUCUGAUGGGAGUUGAGGUUAAGCAGACUCUUGAACGGGACUAUGAUCUUGUGAUGUCCAUGCAGGAAAUCCGUCAGCUUAACCUGAAGACACUUGAAGAAAUUGGUGGGGAAGUUUCACUUCCAGGGUCACAGGUUGAGAAAGAAGACACAAAGGUUGUUUUGCCACCAACUCAACUCAUGCCAAAAAAUUGUACAGUCUAUUUGAAUGCUAUACAAAAUGGAGCUCCUCUGUUUGUGGUACACACUAUCGAAGGAUUUGUUUCUUCCAUGAACAAUGUUGCAAGUCUCUUACAGCGACCAGUAAUUGGGCUGCAGUGUACAAAUGACGUUCCAAUUUCCAGCAUUAAGGAAAUGGCAUCGUAUUAUUUAAAGCAAAUCCAAGCAAUACAACAGUCAGGUCCGUACAGUAUAGCAGGGUAUUCCUUUGGCGCAGCUGUGGCUUUUGAAAUUGCUCUUCAGCUCCAGAAUCAGAAUGGACCUUCAGUUGUUAAAUCCCUCACUUUGCUGGACGGGUCUCCAACCUUUGUUGGAGCCCAUCUGCAGCAUUAUAAAGCCAGGGUUACAGACCAAAGUGACCAGCACUUUCAAGAUGCCAGUGCUGUUUGUGCUUAUUUGAUGAAUAUCAUACCGAUAGAUUACAUAAAGACCAAGGCUGAAAUGCUCCAAAGAUUAUCAUGGGAAUCUAAACUCCAGUUGGCAACGGAGUUGCUUGCAUCAACACUCCACGCUCCAAUAGAUCCUCAAGAAGUCCAGCAAGCUGUUGAAUCCUUCUACCGCAGACUAGAAAUAGCUGACCAGUACAAACCAUCUGAUAGAUACAUUGGUAAAGUAACUCUGAUCAAGGCUGCCGAGGCAUUACAGGGUGCAGCACAGCUUCUUCAUGAUUACGGUCUGAGUGAGGUCUGUGAAGGUGAAGUUGAUGUGUACACUGUAGAAGGAACACAUGAAACUUUUGUUCAGCAAGCUAGUGCUACAAAAGUUGCAGUCAUCCUUAACACCCAGUUAAACUCGUAAAACAUCUUUUUUGAAUAGUGUCUAAAUAUUUUAACCCUGAUAGUAUUGGAAACUUGAGAUUUAUCCAUCAGUCUUUUGUGUUAUAAUUGACAUGAACCUGUUCUGUUCCACAUGUAAUUAGAACACUCCUUCCAGUUGUCUUGUGGUUCUUAAGUUUGUUGCAAAUUAAUAUAACUGUUAUCGUGCAUUUAAAUUUACGAGUCUACUUAAUAUUUUUGUGUUUUAAGUGUUCUUUACAAAAGUACCUUUUGUGAUUUAGCUUGAUUUAAGGAGGAUUUGUGUAAAUUGAAGUUUAAAGUCAUGCUUGCUGAGGGACUGAAAGAGCUUUAGUUUUGUUGGACCCCAAAAAAAGUAAUAAUUACAUCUAUUGACCUAUGUUGUUUUUGUUAUUGUUUUUGCAUAGACAAUAACUGAUAUUGGUAAUUGUUUACAGAGAUCUUUCAGAUAAAAUCUAAUCACAGUAUAAACCAUAACAGAAAUAGACAUGUUAAUCUUGGGAACAAACCUGUGAUGGGGAUAUUCCACUUAUGUGUUGAUGAGUAGACAAAGUUUCGUUUGUAUCAUUUACUAUUUUUUUGUGUUCCACCAAGAUUAGAAACUUCCAGUAAUGGCUGUUGAGCUAUGUGCAGUUUCUGACUUUACUCGUAAAAGAUUUCAAUUUAUAAAAACUGAAGUUUCACUCUGUGAAAGAAGUUACUAAUGUUUCCACUACACAUUCAUUAAUAUCUGCAUAUAAACCUAAAUAUUUCCCUCUUUUGUGGAGAGGGAAAUCCUCUCACAGGUAAUUGUGUAAGCUUUUUCACAGUGUACAACUUUUAAUCACAAAAAUGGGCCACUCCAUGAGUGUAAAUGAACUCAAAGAUAAAUGUUUUUUGCUUUGGAGGUUUUACUGCAAACCAGUCAUUGGUCAGUGUUAGUUAAAUUGACCACUUAAUCAGGAUGGGUGCGUGCAUGUGUGUAAGAGACUUUUUUUUUUUUCAAAUGCCUGUGGAUAUAGAUACGUACAAUUUCUUGCAAAUUUUAUUCUCAAAAAAAUAUGAAAAACUUUGUCAGUUUCAUACGUAUGGUUGACAUGCAAGUUGGUAAUUGGUUACUUUCUACUGAUGCAAGUGUAUCUACAUGACUUUAUAUCAAAACAUAAAAUAGAUCAAACCACAAUGUCUGAUUAUUCUGAGGUAAUGCUGGAAAGUUUUACUUUUUUAUAUCUUGUUUUUUUCUUUACAAGGCAGUUUGUCAAAAUGAAUAUCUUUUCAAUCUAAUUCUCUGACACUUAUUAUUUAUGUAUGCAAAUUAGUAUAGAAUGAUAAUUUCAAAGGUUUUUUUUUUCUUCAAAUAUAGAGGUUAAGCUGACAAAUGUGAAUUAAUUGUUACUGAAUAAAAUGUUUAUUUUGUAUAUAAUUUUACUUGUUUUUGGUGAUGGAACAUUACCAAUGAAUCCCAUUUAUGAUGUUUCAUGAAACGUGUGCACGUUGUUCGAGAAAAAUUGAAUAGUUGUUUUCCAAGAAAUUGGUUCAAGUGAUUAAGAGGGGGGGAAUUGUAUGUAGGGAAUAAAAUUUUGUGAUCAAUCUUAACCUCCCCCCCCUCCAAGUGGCACAGCAGUGUAUCUGUGGACUUACAAUGCUAGAAUCCGGGUUUCAAUACCCGUGGUGGGCAGAGCACAUAUAGCCCUUUGUGUAGCUUUGGGCUUAACUACAAACAAACGAUCAGUUUUAGCUGUGUAUCUUUUGAAUUGGUAUUUAACACAUUUACUUAGAAGAUAGAGCAUUUCAAGAAGGAUAUUGUAUGUUACUCACUACACAGAAAACCAAUUUAGAAUUUAUCAAAAAUAUAUUGCUGUGACCACUAAGUUUAUUGUUUUGUUUGUACAGUACUUUUGU